UGGUCAUCACUAUGACCAUUGGAGUAUGUUGAUGGAGAAUUUUCUUCAGUCCAAAGAGUAUUGGACAAUUGUUGAAGCUGGAGUUCUAAAACCAACGGCAGAUGAUGCACAGCGGGCAGAAAUUGAGAAGGAAAAGUUGAAGGAUCUCAAGGCUAAGAACUAUUUGUUCAAAGCCAUAGAUCGGGCUAUCUUGGAAACAAUUCUUAACAAGUCUACUUCCAAGACUAUUUGGGAUUCCAUGAAGAAGAAGUAUCAGGGGAAUGAAAGAGCAAAAUGGACAAUGGCAAUUGCAAACAAGAUGAGAAUCCAUGGUGAAAAUCUGGAGGAUGUUGCCAUAGUUGAGAAAAUCCUUCGAUCUAUGGCAACAACUAUGGCAACAAAAUUCAAUUAUGUUGUCUGUUCAAUCGAGGAGUCAAAUGAUAUUGAGGCACUUUCCCUUGAUGAGUUGCAGAACUUGUUGUUAGUUCAUGAGCGGAAGAUAAACCGCCAAGACAAGCAAGAGCAAGCAAUAAUAGAUCCAAAUCUGCAGGCAAGGCAAAUGUUGAGUGCUUCCAAUGUCGAGUGCUUCCAAUGUCAUAAGUAUGGCCAUUAUUGUUUUAAGUGCCGUGCUAAUCUGAAUAGAGGAGAAAGUUCUAACUUUGCAGAAUACAAUAAGAAGAAUGAUGAUGCCUCUCUAUUCAUGGUUUGUCAUCCUAAAGAAGUCAGCAAGAAAAAUGUGUGUCAAGGGAAAGGGAAAGAUCACAAAUCUGUCAUGUUUAUCGACCAUAUUGAAGGACACAGCAUGGUUAUGGCAUUGCUGAUAUGGACAUCUAUACUUUGGUGGGUUGAAGGCCUUGUAGAUGAAGAAGAUGCAGCUUAUACACCUCAGCAGAAUGGUGUAUGUGAAAGGAGAAAUCAUACAAUCAUGAAUAUGGUGCGAAGUCUAAUGUCAAAAAGCAACUUGCCCAAAGAGUUUUGGCCAAAAGCUGUUAAUUGGAGUGUUCAUAUCUUGCAUAGAAGUCCCACAUCUCCACUUCCAAAUAUGACACCAAAAAAGGCUUGGAGUGGACACAAACCUGCUGUUAACAACUUUAGAAUUUUUGGGUGCAUAGCAUAUGCACAUGUGCCAAAUCAGAAAAGGGCAAACCUCAAGGCUUUAAGAAAGGUAGAAGAGGAAAGUCUUCCUACAGCAGAACACAGUAUUGGAGGAAGUCUACCAACAACACCAGAACUAGAAUCUGGAACUGGUUCAAGACAUCAACGCAAAAAGAGAAGACUAGCAUGGUUGGAGGAUUAUGAGACAAAGCUCAAAGAAAAUGGGGAGGUUGACAAAUUCAAAGCUCGCUUGGUGGCAAAAGGUUACAAGCAAAAGUUCAGCAUUAAUUAUCAAGAAGUUUUUGCUCCAGUUGCAAGGAUGGAUACCAUCAGAUUGGUGAUUGCAUUAGCAUCACAAAACUCAUGGCUAAUCUACCAGCUUGAUGUGAAAUCGGCCUUCCUGCACGGAGAUCUGCAAGAACAAAUAUUUGUUGAUCAACCUCCUAGUUAUGUGAAACCUGGUUUUGAGCAUAAGGAAGUUCUAGACAGAUUUCCAAUGAAGAACUGCAAUUCUGUCACUACACCAGUUGACAAAGGAGUGAAGCUUAUAAAAGAUUUAGGUGGUAGAUCUGUGGAUAGCAAACUGUAUAAGCAGAUUGUUGGAAGUCUGAUGUAUUUGACAACAACAAGACCAAACAUAAUGCAUGGUGUAAGUCUGACUAGCAGAUGUAUGGAGCAUCCAAAGGAGUUGCACUUGCAGAGUACUAAAAGAAUUCUCAGGUAUUUACGUGGAACGACAAAUUUUGGACUAUUUUACAAGAAGGGUGACUAGACAGAUCUCGCAGGUUUUACAGACAAUGAUUAUGCUGGAGAUCUGGAUGAUAGAAAAAGCAUUUCUAGGUAUGUUUUUAUUUUGGGAUCUAGUGCAGUUUCAUGGUCUUCAAAGAAGUAGCCCAUUGUGACUUUGUCCACAACAGAAGCAAAGUAUAUGGUAGUGACUUCUUGUGCUUGUCAAGCUAUUUGGUUUAGAAGAGUUCUAGAAGAACUUGAGAUGAAUCAACAUGAGGCCACUUC